UCACAGACGGAAAGAGAAGACAGGCAGGAUCCGUCUCUCACCCCUUCCCAAGCUGCCUGCCAGUGAAUCUCCUUGGCUGCCAGUGCAGCGUGUGUCCCCAGGGCACACAGGUUACUGUGUGGGGCACGGGGCGCAGGCUCUGGGUACAAGACUGGGCUCAUCAACCGGUACAGGAGUGAGCAUGGCAGGGCAGCGGGCGCUGCUGCUAGCCAGCUUCCUUCUGCCUGGGUUCCUGCUCUCAGAGGCCGCCAAGAUCCUAACUCUGUCCUUAGUGGGUGGGAGCCAUCAUCUACUGCUGGACCGGGUGUCUCAGAUUCUUCAAGAUCAUGGUCAUAAUGUCACCAUGCUUCAGCAGAGAGGGAAUUCGUUAAUACCAGAUUUUAAAGAGAAGGAAACAUCAUACCAAGUUAUCCCUUGGCUCCCACCUGAAGAUUUUAACAAAGAAUUGAAGAAGCCUCUAAAUUUUUUUCUUAAAGAAGCUUUGGUUGGCAGAGAUAUAUUUGGAAGCUUUUUAAAACUUAUGGAGCUCCUGGGGUUUCAAUGCAGCCAUUUUCUAAGGAGAAGUGAUAUCAUGGAUUCCUUAAAGAAUGAGAACUUUGACCUGGUGAUAGUUGAAAAUUUUGGCUACUGUCCUUUCCUCAUUGCUGAAAAGCUUAGAAAACCAUUUGUGUCCAUUCUCUCUUCCUUGUUUGGUGCAAUAGAUUUUGGACUACCAAGCCCUCUGUCUUAUGUGCCAGUAUUUAAUUCUUUGCUAACCGACCACAUGGACUUCUGGGGCAGAAUGAAGAAUUUUCUGAUGUUCUUUGAUUUUACCGUGAAACAGAGGCAAAUCCAGUCUACAUAUGACAACACCAUCAAGGAACAUUUUCCAGAAGGCUCUAGGCCGGUUUUGUCUCAUUUUCUAAAGAAAGCAGAGCUGUGGUUUGUUAACUCUGACUUUGCCCUUGAAUUUGCUAGGCCCCUGCUUCCCAACACUGUGUAUGUUGGAGGCUUAAUGGCCAGACCUGUUGAACCAGUACCACAAGUAAGUGAAAAUGUAGCUCUCUAUAUGGGCUUCAUACAGAGCUCUUUAGUGCAGAGCUGGUACAAGUCAGCAGUGGUGGCUGCCAGCAUCAUCAGGCGCUCCCACCCCUGAUCCCAGAGGCUGGUGGGCUAGAUCGACCACAUCCUCCAGAUAGGGGGUGCGGCCCACCUCAAGCCCCAUGCCCUGCAGCAGCUGUGGCACGAGCAGUACCUGUUGGAUGUGGUUUUGUUCCUGCUGGUGGUCACCCUGGGCACCCUGUGGCUCUGUGGGAAGCUGCUGGGCAUUAUGGCCAGGUGGCUGUGUGGGGCCAGGAAGCUGAAGAAGGCCUGAUGGGGGCAGCCUUGAUGGGUGUUUGGGGAGCCACUGGUUCUAGAAGGCUUCCCCCAGCACAGGACAGCCCUGGUGUCAUCCCCAUAUUGGCACUUGAUGGUGGCACACAAAUUGCUCUUCACUAUUUUCUGCCUCUGUUUAC